AUAAUGAAAUCACCCAAGAUAACCUUACUGUCUUGCAGUACGUUUUACCUCAGGAAUAUGAUUAUAUCAUCGAUUCAUUUAGGGUAGUUCAAGCACAUAACUUCUUGGAUGCAUAUACAGAACCAUUCGAAGCAAAGUUCUGUGUGAAUAUUUUUACUGAAGACAAUGCUAAAAUGUGGCUUGAUAA